GGACAGUCCCUGCAAAGGGAACUUCUGGAACUGAGAACCAGACUGUCCAAACAGGAGAGUGUCCUGCAGAACACAGCAGAGCAUCUGAAGCUUGCCAACCAACAGAAGGAGAGCAUGCAGCAGUUCAUCUUUAAUCAGUUAACGAGGACACAUGAUGUUUUGAAGAAGGCAAGGACUAAUUUGGAGGCCAAGUCAGGAGUCCGAGGAAAGCAAGAGCCACGGAAGAAAAGGAGCCACUGGAGGUCCUUCAAACAGCAGGAAGACUGGGCCUGUCCCCCUUUGGUGCAGAUUCUAAUCUGCUGAGGAGACCAGGAGCCCAGUCCUCCACACCUGCCAGAGGGUCCCAUCCUCUUCCCCGUGGAGGAGGAUGAAGGGCAGACAGCCUCUCCUGUGGCUGAGGAACACUACCUGCCAGGGGCUGUUCAUCCCAGCACUGGUCUAUAGAGGAGCUCCUGACAAUGCUUCUGCGCACCUCACUGGCCUGGGAACCGGCCACAGCCAGUCCUCACUCCAAC